AUGAAAUGGAUAGGAGAUUUAAAUAAUGAUUUGAAUGAUAUGAUUAUUAGUUAUUCUGUAUUAGGUAUCAAUUUGGAUAUUGCUACUCCCAAGGGUUAUGAAUUAGAGCCUAGGGUUUUGGAAAGGAUGAAGCUUGGUUUGGUUGAAGACUCAGAGGUUCAUAGAGGGGGCAAAUUGCUUCAUUUCCAUGAUCUGCUUGAAGCUAUAAAAGAUGCUGAUGUGAUUGUUACAGAUACAUGGUAA